AGGAAGCUCCUAGCACCCUGAGGUUGAGUACUCUACAAUGUCGCAUGUGAAACUGCACCCCUGCAGACUGCUCUUACACCGGAAUUGGACUGGAACCAAUAUUGGAUGCCUCAUUUUAUUUUUUUUAAUCCCUUCAGAAUGUUUCAAUAUUGAUACAGGGAAGACCUGGAGUUUCAACAGGAACAAAAGUCCCUGUUUGGACAAAGCGUAAUGCAAUAUAGACACGGAUCUGAGACAGGAGUUUACGUUAUCUCCCCUCUAAAGGAUACUGAGAACAGGGAAUUUGAGGGGAUUUUUAAAUGUGAGCUUAAACAAGGAGAAAUACAUUUACAAUGCACAAUGGACAAUCUUGGACUGGCAGCAGCACAAAGCGAGAAACGUGCGGUGCCAUAUCCGAUUGUGUCCCAAGCCAGGAACUCAGAAAGUAUUUUGACUUGCCAGCAGUUCAAGGAACAUAAGAAGAGAAGCACUACAGACGAAUUAAAUGGCAUUUGCUCAUUGCUAACUAAUGAAAAUGGCUUGAAUAAAAAUUGGGUCUAUGCUGGUCUUGCAAAAACGGUGUAUGACUAUUUGGUGAAGAAGAACGAAAAUAACAACACUUGUGCCACAGAUGGACUCUUGCUUCAUACAAGUGAAGAUUUCCGUAAGGACAUAAUGGAAUCAAAGAAAUGUGAUGCACAAAACACAGACAGUAAUAACAAUAAUAAUAACAACAACAAGAUUACAUAUGACAGUGAUGAUGAAGAGGGUGGGACAGAGAUUGCCAUAGUUCUAGACGGUUCCGGAAGCAUAGACGAAGAAGAUUUCCUGAAAGCAAAGGAUUUUAUAUCCAACCUGAUAACAAGAGUAUGGGGAAAGUGUUCAGAGUGUGAUUUUGCUGUUGUCCAAUAUGGACAUGUAAUUCAAACAGAAUUUGACCUACAGGACAGUUCUCGAGGCAUCAACUACAUUCUAGAUAAAGUUCAAAAGAUCCAGCAAAUUGGGAAUGUAACAAAAACGGCAUCUGCUCUUCUCCAUGUCCUAGAUAAUAUUUUCAGUGAAAGACAUGGAUCUAAGGAAAGUGCCACCAAAAUAAUUUUGGUGUUGACAGACGGAGAUAUAUUCAUGGAUCCUGUGAAUUUAACAACUGUCAUUAAUUCUCCGAAGAUGGAAAGAAUAGAACGAUUUAGUAUUGGGGUUGGAAGUGCAUUUAAUAGUGUUAAAGCUUUCAAUGAGCUGACACUCAUAGCCACCGAUGAAAAGGAUCAUGUAAUAAGAGUAGAUGACUACUCCAAACUGGACGGCCUAAUUUCCUCCUUGCAGCAGCGGAUUAUUGGGAUUGAAGGUACUAAAGGUGACUCAUUGGAAUUUGACUUGGCACAAACUGGUUUUGCAGUCCACUUGAAGGACAAGCACACUCUGAUGCUUGGUGCUGUCGGUGCCUUUGACUGGUCUGGGGGUUUGAUGCUUUAUCGCACAGAUACAGAGCCACAUAAAGUGACAUUUCUUAAUGAGUCAUCUGAUAAUGCAAAGUCAGCGGCUUACAGUUACUUAGGCUACAGUGUAAGUUCAGCACAAGGAAAUCGUUCAUCCUUCUAUAUAGCUGGAGCGCCAAGACAUUCCAAUAUUGGGAAAGUCAUAGUCUUUGAAGAAGAUGCUACAGCCUAUAAAUUAUGGCAGAUCCUAGAAGGAGAGCAGCUUGGAUCCUACUUUGGACAUCAGCUCUGCACAUUGGAUGUCACGUUAGAUGGCUUCACUGAUUUCCUGCUGGUGGGGGCGCCGUUUUACCAUGUCAAAGGAGAAGAAGGGAGAGUCUACAUUUAUAAGCUUACCAUUGAGGGUAAAUUUCAUUUAGUUUUAAAACUGGAACAACAGAACUAUGCAUUCGCAAGGUUUGGCUACUCAAUAGCUAACAUUGGUGACAUCAAUCAAGAUGGAUACCAAGACAUUGCCAUAGGAGCACCUCUUGAAAGGCAUUUUGAAAAUCCUGAUUCUUUUGGAAGUGUUUACAUCUACAACAGUGAUGCUAAUGGCAUCCAUGCCAUACCCUCUCAGAGAAUUACUGCAACUGAUCUCAAACAAAAGCUGCAGUUCUUUGGACAGUCAGUAGAUGGGGGCUUGGAUCUUACUGGAGACGGAUAUCAUGACAUAUCAGUUGGAUCCUUAAGAAAUGUUAUGGUCCUUCGAUCUCGUCCAGUGGUUACAGUACAGGCCACUCUGCAUUUUGAACCGGAUAAAAUUCCUCUAAUUUACACGAACAAAACUUUGCAGGCUAGCCUGUGCUUUACCUUAACGCCAUUCAACAAGCCAGAAUUUGCAAAAUCUUUCCUUCAUUACAACAUGGAGCUGGAUGUUUUCAUGGAAGAGAAACGAAUUACUUUUCAGGAUAAAAGUUCUAGCAAAGGAAAACUUCUCAUCAAAGACAAGUGUGCAAAGCACAUAUUGACUGUACUGCCAUGUAAUUAUGACUGUUAUAGUGAUAUUGUAAUUAACAUAUCCUACGCGCUGGGUGCAAACUUGCACAGUGACCUCCCAUCACCAAUACUGGAUUUUUAUGACAAACAUUACACUCAGAUUAAGCUGCAAUAUGAAAAGGAUUGCGGUAACAAAACAACAUGCACUCCAGAUUUGAAACUGACCACACUUCUGUCUAGGGAGGAACUAGUUGUUGGAAGCACCAAAGAUUUGAUGAUGACACUUUCCCUUGAAAAUUCCGGUGAUGAUUCAUACAUGACAAACGUGACACUAAUAUAUCCUGAAAACCUGCACUUUAAUAUGAUUAAACCGCCUAAUAAUCCUGGUGUCAAAUGUUCUAAUUCCAAAUUAAUUCAGUCAUCUAACUCAACAAUGACCUGUAGUAUUAGGCAUCCUGUGUUCGGAGCCACUAAAGAGUCAUUUUCUAUCGUUUGGCAACUAACUGAAGAUAAGUUUUCUAAUGCAGUGGCAAUCAUUUAUUCUAUAGUUAACAACUUUAACAACGUCUCUGCUCCACUGCUACAGAAAACCGUGCUCCCAGUCAGACAUUCCUUCAGCGCUGUGCUCUCUGUCCAACAAAAAGCACUUUAUGUAGAAAUCCCACCAGAGCCAGCAAUGUUUCAAGACAUUCAAUUUACCUUUAAUGUCAAUGCGGAGAAUACGUAUGGUGCUGAGCUUAGUUUAGAGUUGCAGAUCCCUCUUCAAUGUGUACAUGGUUCUAUUUCACAAUUAAAAUCUAUAGUCACAACUCAGGACACAAGUCAAUGUAAAAAUGAAACAAAAUCCUGUGGAAAUGCACUUAUAACCAAAGAAGAAGAAGCUUCAAUAUGCCUCUUCCUCCGGUGCAAUAUUGCAUUGGGUCGGGAAGAGAUAACGAUCACAGCAACACUCUUCUUACAGACCUUAAAGAAGCUAGUAGAGGACACGCAAGAACUAAACAUCACUGGAGAAAUUCUUUAUAACAAAAAUAUUUUUGUAAAUCUAAAGGACCCAGAACACAAGACAUGGUUAUCCAUUAUGAUUCUUGAAAAGAAAGAGAUGAAUAUUAUGCCUGUUGUCAUUGGUAGUUCUAUCGGGGGAAUUCUGCUUCUGCUAGUAAUUGUUGUCAUUCUUAUCAAGUGUGGUUUCUUCAAAAGAAAAUAUAAAAACUUUGACCAGAAUGAAGAGUGAUAUUGACAUCUACCCAUAUUCUGCAAUGUAUACUCCAAAUGUAUCUCGGCAAUAAAUACAUAUUCAGUAAUAGACAUCCGCAUCAUACUGUAUGUUUCAUGGUAACUUCUGUGCCACAUGUAACGUUGCUAUUGGUGUGCACAGUGCAAAUGCCACACCAUCAAAAGUAAUGGGGUCAAAGGACAUUGAUUAAGUCAAUAAACAAAACAUUCAUCUAGGAAACAAAUGUACACUAGUAACAUACAGUGUCAGCAUAUGUAGACCAAAACAAAUAAGCAGUAAAAAGUUUAUAAAGAAUAGAAAUUAAAGAAAUAAUAAGCCCAGACAUAACAAUUCCAAGUGUAAAGAAGUUUAAAGGGUCUAUUUAUAUAUUAAGACCUGUCUAAAAUGAAGAAUUUUGAUUGAUUCCAUUGCAAAAAGAAUUGCAAAAGAAAUGUUCUUCUUGAUAAUUUAUCAUAAAAAAUGUCACUGGGGCAGCUGAACAAUGACAUUGGCUGGCAGCCUUAAAGGGGGGUACUCACGGAGCGUCCGCUGCUUAAAAUCUAAGCAAUCUGACUAGAUUGCUUAGAUUUUAAGCCUGAUCGCUCCGUGUGUACCCCCUACAGCGAUAGCAAUGCACAGCCCCGCGCAUCGCUAUCACUGGUGCUAGAUUGGCCUGCCGUGCAGGCCAAUCUAGCGGGUCACACAUUUCACCCGCUGGGUGAAAUGAGCGCCCCCCCCCCCCCGUCUCCCCCCCUGCACGCUCAGCACACAUCUCUCCCGCAUCGGCCAGUGAGUACUGGCCUUAAGUGUAGUCCUACCACUUAGGUGACAAAAUUCUUGCCAGCUCCCACUGGCACAAUGGAACUGGGAAUUUCAGAUUCAAUUAAAAUCAAAUACUGUACACUGGUUUUUUGUUGUUUUUUUCUAAAAAGAACAAAAUAGAAAAAUGAUUUAAAAUCAGAAUAUAUGCUUUAUAUAAAUAAUGCAUUUUUCUUGUUUGAACCUGGCUAGUACCAUCCCAAAGUGGCAUUAGCAAUAGGAGGACAGCAUCGGUACUUGCUUUACCAUCGUCCUUAAUAAAUAAGAUUUCCUAUACUUUAUAUGGAGAAGCAUAACGCCCUGUUGAAGACAACUGCCUGUUCUAGGGAGUAAUCAUAGGGUGCUUUGAUAAAUAGGCAAAAAUCCUAUAUACUGAGAAAACAUCAUAUUAAAAAGACACAGAAAUUUGUUUUAAAGAAAAUAGGAGUAAUUGAAUUGAACUUUACAUUAAGUCUGGUAGCAAAGUAUAAUCUUGAUUAGCCCCUGAGGUACUACUGUACGUACGCAUCAACUCGUCAACAAAGCUGUAUUAUUUAUCAAAAAAUUAUUCCAACAAAUGGAGUGAAAGACUUGCCAGGACUGCAUUAUAUUUAUGACUCAAAUAUAUGUGUGUAUGUGAUUAUUUAAUACAUAUAAUUUCAUCUGAGCAUAGGUAACGGAACAGGGCCUUAUUCAGCAUCAAUCGCUGAAGUGCCAAUAUCGCUAUUUGGCAAUUUUAGCACUGCACAUACGCGAGGACUUAAACUGCGAUCAAAUGAGAUUGCAGUCUAAGUCCUGUUGGGGGCGAUGACGGGGGCGAUGCCGUGUUUUGUGUGAGUCGGUGCACCGUUUUGUUGGCGCAGUACGGACAAUGAAGGUGCGUCCGGACCAUUUGUGGGGCAGACUACGGCAGCUGCGUGAUGUCACACGCCAUCACUGCGACCCAAAACAUGGCGGCCCUUAUCAUGCAAGCGCUUCGCUGCUUAGCGAAGUGCUUGUAUGUUAGCGGGGGUAGGACCCGACAUGCGGGUGGACUUUCCCUGUGCUGGGCGUCCCCCCGCAUAUUAGUGAAAAGGGUUGUAGUUGUGCGAUUUUUCGCACAACUACAACCCAUGCUGACUCAGACCCACUAUUCCUAGUAAGUGGUCCAUUGCAAUGGUACAAUUUCAGUAGCAAGAAAAAUAACCCUUUCUAAGCAUGAGUAGUAUAAUAAGUAUACAUAAAAAGUCAUUGUUUUAUCUCUUAAAAUAAUUUUGCUUUUCUGUUACUGAGUUUUAAAAGCAGUGAAAUAUACAGGUUGAGUAUCCCAUAUCCAAAUAUUCCGAAAUACGGACUUUUUUGAGCGAGACUGAGACAGUGAAACCUUUGUUUUUUGAUGGCUCAAUGUACACAAACUUUGUUUAAUACUCAAAGUUAUUAAAAAUAUUGUAUUAAAUGACCUUCAGGCUGUGUGCAUAAGGUGUAAAUGAAACAUAAAUGAAUUGUGUGAAUGUACACACACUUUGUUUAAUGCACAAAGUUAUAAAAAAUAUUUGCUAAAAUGACCUUCAGGCUGGGUGUAUAAGGUGUAUAUGUAACAUAAAUGCAUUCUGUGCUUAGAUUUAGGUCCCAUCACCAUGAUAUCUCAUUAUGGUAUGCAAUUAUUCCAAAAUACGGAAAAAUCCGAUAUCCAAAAUUCCUCUGGUCCCAAGCAUUUUGGAUAAGGGAGACUCAACCUGUAAUUGUCAUAGAAAAGUAAUUCAAUAAAAUAAAAUAAAAUGUAUUAAAAUGUUGUGAAUGCA